GCUUCCCCGGCGAGAUUGCCGCAGCCAGUCUUGGCACCGACAACCUCGCCGGAGUGGCCAGUUCCAUCUUCCCCCAAUCCGACUGUGCCAAUUCAAGCACAUUCUGAAUUUCACCCUCAACUCCCGACAAUGGCUGCGAAAAAGGAUAUGCGGAGGCUGGAUUUGGCCAUCCCCUACAUCGAUCCGCCGAAAACUAAAGAUGAAACCGACAUGACUGGCACCAUGUCCAGCACCUUGCCCAUGGCCGCGAUGUUUACCCGGAACAGGAUGAUUGGAUGGGUCUCGUUCGUUUUCGCCCUCCAAUCCUGGCUCGGAGAGACGCCCGAUCAAAAGGAAACUGCGAGCACACCGGGCUACAUGUCGGUCAUGAUGUCUUUGAUGGCACUGGUUGUGACAUACUUCCCCAUCUUCAUGCCUCCGACGCCCGCCGGUGGGGGUGCCGCUACCACCCCGACUCCUUCCCCCUAGAUGCCGGAACACCCGAUUCUAUGAUACCCAUCGAAACAAACAGAAAAAAAAAAAACCUGCGGAUGUGAAGGAUGUUCACAUCCGGGCUGCCGACAGCGCUUGCGACCGGUUUGCGGGGUGCGGUUGGGAAAGAGGACACGAGGUGGAUUUUAAAAGCACGCCCCGGUUUCUUCAGGAGGCUCGAUCUGACUCUUCAGACCGGCAAUUCUCCAUGGACUUCCCAUGACAUUGUACUAGUAAUAUAAUAAUUUCAACCUC